CAAGAGCUCCACCCUGGAGACAUCCACCCCGAAGCGGACGGUUCCGCACACUUUUGCCGACCCCGAUGCUCGCCCUCUGCCAACAAGCCCUCGCGCUCCGCUGCGGCCCGCCCAUGCUGUCCACCGCUCGGCCGACGCCGGAGCCCGCUGCCGCCGCAGCGGCGGACGGCGGAGCAGUGCUGCAAGGGGAAGCUGCCAAGCAGUGGCUUGCUGAGCGCGGCAUCGUCCGGCACGACAUGGCGCCGCAGGACCACGACCGCGCGGGGUACCGCUCGGAGCCCGUGCGUCCCAAGGUUGGCGGGGACAUGCCGGACGGGCCGCGGCCGGGCUGGUUCCACGUGCCAGCGCCGGGCGGCUCGGAGACGCGGUACGCGGAGCUCAAGGAGUCGCUAGAGGCGCGGCGCGCGGACGCAGGCGGCACCAAGCUGGCCACCGUGUGCGAGGAGGCCCAGUGCCCGAACAUUGGCGAGUGCUGGAACGGAGGCACUGCCACGAUAAUGCUGCUCGGCGACACCUGCACGCGAGGCUGCAAGUUUUGCGCCGUCAAGACGGACGCGGCGCCCGAGCCUCCGGACGAGACGGAGCCGUGGAACACCGCCGACGCGGUUGCGAACUGGGGCGUCGACUACAUCGUCCUCACAUCGGUCGACAGAGAUGCCUCCCCGACGGCGGGGCAGAGGCCGGAGCUCCGCGUCGAGUGCCUCGUCUCCGACUUCGCUGGCGACGCAGCCGCAGUCAGGACGCUCGCCCGCUCCGGGCUCGACGUGUUCGCGCACAACGUGGAGACGGUGGAGCGGCUGCAGCCGAUGGUGCGGGACAGGCGCGCAAGCUACGCCCAGUCCCUCUCCGUCCUCCGCCGCGCCAAAGACUUCGGCAACUGCGACGGCCGGCGCGUCUACACAAAGACGUCAAUCAUGCUCGGUCUGGGCGAGACGGCAGAGGAGGUGCUGCGGACGAUGCGCGACCUGCGCGAAGCAGACGUCGACGUGCUCACCUUUGGCCAGUACCUGCGCCCGACUGAGAGGCACCUCGCCGUGGUCGAGUACGUGACGCCGGAGCAGUUUGACUACUUCCGGAGAGAGGGAUGAUGGACGAGGACGACGAGCGCGUCGCGGAGCAGCAGCAGCAGCAGCAGCAGCAGCAGCAGCUCGACGGUGAGGUCGAGGAGCGAGCGCUUGGCAGGCGGUCCUCAGACAACCUCGACAACCGCACCCCCGCAGCCGCAGCCGCAGAGGCGCGGGAGCAGCGCCCGCAGCCGCAGUGGAACCCGGAACUUCCGUAAAGGCACAGUGAUUCAUGCACGCGUGGGCGGCAAUGCUCGCGCCGCGGAGGCAGUUGCGCUCCCGCGUCCCGGCGACGGGGACGCGCCGUGUCGCGUGUGCCAGCCACUUCUGUUAGAAAUUUGCAAACAUG